AUGGCCGCCAGAACCGCCGUCCUCAGCCCAAACGCGCCAGCGCCCAGCCCGCUGAUGUCACAAGCAGUCAUCUACAACAACACUGUCUACUGCUCUGGCUCUCUUGGUAUUGAUCCCGCAACGGGAAAGUUCGUGGACGGUGGCCCUUACGAGCGCACUGCUCAGGCGAUCCGCAAUCUUGGUGCAGUACUCGAGGCCGCCGGGAGCAGUCUGAGUAAAACCAUUAAGGUCAAUAUUUUCUUGUCGAGCCUGGACUACUACGGAGACGUCAACAAAGCAUAUGGAGAGGCUUUUACGUCCGAUCCGAAGCCGUGCCGAACAUGUGUGUCCGUUGCAAAGCUGCCACUGGACGCGGAGGUGGAAAUAGACUUUGGAAGCCUGCCCGAUUAUCGAAUUCGUGCCAAGAGCUACGCCGACGUGCAAGCUGCCGUUAAAUUCUCCGCGUUGCAUAAGACUCGCUUAUCAGUCAUCACGACCGGUCAUGAUGCACUAGGUCGUAAUGUCGCAGGCUCUGGACUCAUAGUCGAUCUUUCACUGUUGCAAGGUGCUCGUGUACUGGAGUCCUUCACCGCAACAGCCGAGGGUGUCCGGGAUCUCGAAUCCAAUGAAAAACCGCAGACAAUCGUGCCCACGGAUGGAGUGCAGGCUGCAGUGACGUUCAACCCUGCUUUCAAUGGCUUGGACCUGAACAUGGCCCUUGCCCCUUCGAACCUGUUCUUUGUGGGUGGCACGUAUGCCGGAGUAGCAGCCGCCGGCGGUUUCGGCCAAAAUGGCGGAUAUGGGCCUUUGACUGCGCAGUACGGCCUGGGAGUUGAUCAAUGGCUGGAGGCAGAAGUUGUCACUCCCGAUGGCGAACUGGUGGUUGCCAACGAAAUUUCCAACCCUGACCUCUUCUGGGCUAUUGGAGGCGGAGGUGGAAGCACCUUCGGCAUUGUCGUUGAUGCCACAUUCAAAACCCACCCUAAAACGCCCGUACUUGGCUUUUAUUGGUAUAUCAAUUCCACGCUGACGACCAACGACACGGACCUGGCGGAGGGUCGCACGCCUACAAGCGAAGCGUUAGAAUAUCUACUUUCAGAAUUACCGGACCUCCACAGUAAAGGAAUUUCGGCGUAUAUCUACAUUUUCCCUGAACACAUCAGGUGCGACGCCAUUCAUCCGGGCCUUUUAGCGAACGCUUCCAAUGCUAAUGGAAUGUGGGGGCCGAUUCUUGAGAAGAUGCAGUCAUUCUCUGGCAUGACUCCAUUCCAGAGCAAGCAUCAUUAUUUCGACAGCUACCAGGAGUUCUAUUCUACCACCUAUGGGACAUCUGAGGAUGGUAGCGGUCCUCCCACAAAUGACGGAAAUGUCCCUUACGACAGCCACCUGCUGAGCGCCGAGCACUUGCGAAGCGAAAAUCUCACCUCUGCGCUUCGAAGCACAGGCGGGAACUUCGGUGUCUUGAUGACGACGCCUGGCAUGGCAGUCAGCGAUGGGAAGAAUACUGCUGCCAACCCCGGUUGGAGAAACGCUACGGUAUUUUUGAACGGAUUCAAAACCAACACUACCAAUGUUGAUGGCUUGCGAGAACUAGCCCCGGGCAUGGGGACAUACAUCAAUGAGGCCAGUAUUAAUGAGCCCAACUGGAGCAGCAGUUUCUGGGGUUCGAACUAUGCUCGUCUAUCUGCACUGAAAUCCAAGAUUGAUCCAGAUAUGUUGUUCUGGUGA